AUGAGUCAAAAGCUGAAAAAGAAGAAUUACAGAAAUGAUGGUGAUGAUGAGGAUGAUAUUGAGCGAAUGUCUUUAAAUUGUCUUACUCUUUAUGGCAGAGUUGGAGGUUGCAAAGUAAGUGCUGACAUUAGUGAAGUGUUUGGGGAUCCGUGCAUUAGAAGACGGUCGAGUGCAAUCAAGGAAAUGAAAAGGUGCGCAGCCAUAUGUGGAUCGGAGGAAGCAACUAUAGAUUGCUUUUCCUAUGGAAAGAAAGAGAAAUUUUGGAAGAGGAACAACAGAAAGCUUUUAGGAUAUGAAGAAAAACAACAAAAUAGUAUCAUGAACGUGCAUCUUCCAGAUGACAUUCUAGAAAUGUGCUUGGUGAGACUCCCAUUUGGAAGUCUCAUGAAUGCUCGUCUUGUUUGUAGGAAAUGGAAGAACUUGACCACGACCCCUCGAUUUAUGCAGAUGAGAGUAGAAGGCUUAUUCCGGAGUCCAUGGUUGUUUCUCUUUGGUGUUGUUAAAAAUGGUUAUUGUUUAGGGGAAAUACAUGCAUUGGAUGUUUCCCUUAAGCAAUGGCACAAAAUAGAUGCUCAAAUUCUCAAGGGAAGGUUUUUAUUUUCCGUUGCUAGCAUUCGGGACGAUGUUUACAUAGUCGGAGGUCGUUCUAGCUUGACUAGUUUUGGAAAGGUGGAUAGGAGUUCAUUCAAGACGCACAAAGGAGUUUUGGUCUUUAGCCCCUCGACUACAUCGUGGAACAAAGCUGCAUCCAUGAAAUAUGCCAGAUCAUCGCCUGUUUUAGGAAUUUCCGAGAUUAGUCCUGAUUAUUCAGUCAUGAGAAAUCAGCAAAAUCGAUCGGACAGACAUUUAAACAGGUCAAGGAUUGGUGGUGUAUCAGAUGUCUAUGAGGAUCCUCACAGACUUUCACUUAGACGCCAAUCUAGACACCCUUUUGAUGAAAACGAUAUUCCACCAUUGCCCAAUAUGAAGCCAAAGCAAACAAAUGAAAAGCCAUGCCCCAAAGAUGGUAGAAAAUUUGUAUUGAUUGCUGUGGGAGGCCUUGGAUCUUGGGACGAGCCAUUAGAUUCUGGGGAAAUAUAUGAUUCUGUAUUAAAUAAAUGGAUCGAAAUCCAGAGACUACCUCUAGAUUUUGGGGUGGCUUGUUCUGGUGUUGUUUGUAAUGGGACGUUCUACGUUUAUUCAGAGAGUGACAAGCUUGCUGGAUAUAACAUAGAGAGGGGAUACUGGGUUAGAAUGCAAACAACUCCAUUUCCACCUCGAGUUCACGAUUACUAUCCGAAACUUGUAUGCUGUAAAAGUCGGCUGUUCAUGCUAUCUGUCUCGUGGUGUGAGGGAGAAGGUCGUAUAGGCAGGAGAAACAAAGCAGUUAGAAAGCUAUGGGAGCUUGAUCUUAUGUAUCUUACAUGGAAUGAAGUGUCGAUACAUCCAGAUGCCCCAAUGGACUGGAAUGCUGCAUUUGUUACUAAUGAAGACCUUAUAUUUGGGGUCGAGAUGUUCAAAAUAUUCGGACAGGUUUUGGAUUUCGUGACUAUGUAUGACGUGACUGACACAGGAACAACCUGGAGUCAUAUUUCGAGGAACCAUGUUGCACGUGACCUGGACACUUCGUCUUGCAUGACAAAGUCAAUGGCAGCGCUGCAGUUGUAA